AUGAGGGAUCACAAGGAGCUAGGCUUCACCAUGGUUUUCAUCUCUGUGCUACUGCAAUACCUUGGGGUUUCCUGUUCAUCAUUUGGGUUGUUAGAGGAUUUGGAAAAGAAGACUAUAAAGAACGAGAAGAACAAAACCAAUCCAUGGUGCUCUGAACUUCCCGACGAUAUUAUCGAACUGAUCCUGAGGCGGUUAGAUGUCCUCGACUACAUCCGGUUCUAUUCUGUGUGCAAGCUGUGGAGAUCAGUUGCAGUUGGCAUGGACUUGGGCUACUCUUUGUGUUGCAGAGGACUCCCAUGGCUGAUGUUCACUUGUGACGCAAAAACUCAGACUUACGGCUUCUUCAGUCUCUCUGAGAGCAGGAAAUACUAUAUUCCACUGCCCACCGCCGGCGGCCUAGCGCACUGCUGUGGUUCAUCUCAAGGCUGGUUGUUGAUGUGCAACAGUGCCAGUGGUGGGUGUUUUCUCUUGAAUCCCUUCUCAGGAGCUGAAAUCAAACUUCCCAGACUCUCACCACCCUUGGCCUACAAGGUAAUACUGUCCAAUCCUCCUGUUUCUGAUAACACCAACGAUUUUAUGGUUGUUGCCAUGAAUGCCACCCAUCUGGUCUUCUGCAGACUGGGAGACCUUAAAUGGACGCUUCUCCAUCAGCCAGAAUCUAGUUACAGUGAUGCCAUAUAUCACAAGGGAAAGCUUUAUGCAGUAAACAGAAAAGAUGAGCUUUGGGUGUUCCAGUUGCAGGGUCCACGUAGUCCUAGUGCCAGAAAACUGAAGAUUCCUCCGGUGGAUCUGGAUCCUCGGCCACUUGGUCGAUCUGAUACCGAGAUGAUGACUAGGUACUUGGUGGAACCCAAGGAAAAAUUGUUACUGGUUUAUGGUUUCUUUCACUUAAUUCGGACGCAUGGCUAUGAUUCCACGCAAACCCAUCGUCCUUGUUACUGUGACUGUGGCUGUGACUCCCCACACAACUUCAUCUUCCAACCUCAACUCUGCGUCAAGUUCAAAAUAUAUGUGCUGGAUGAGGAUAAUAUUAGUUCAGGAUCAGGAGAGGGUGGUUAUCAGUGGAACGUACAAGAAAGUUUGGGGAAUCAAGCGUUGUUCCUGGGAAGAAAUACCUCCAAAUCUCUGUCUGCUACUGAGUUCUUGGGAUUGAAAGAGAAUUGCAUUUACUUCACUCUUAAUUUCUACAAGAAGUCAUUUGAUGAGUUCCAUUACUCGGGCAUCUAUCACGUUGAGAAUGGGAUGGUUGAGAGUUGCUUUCCCUUUGAUCCUGACACAGAUAUGGGUCCACCCAUUUGGAUUACACCUUCAAAUUCAAUCUGA